UCAUCAACGACACCUCAUACGCGCAGAUAUUCGACCUUCGAUGCCUGUCAAGAGAUUCCGUCAAUGUAUCUAUAUUGUAACGGGGUCUUCGCCCAUUCAAAGGUUGAGUCUGGUCGUGGAGUCUCCUCUCUCUCGAUGAAGGCUAGGUGGGAAUGUCGCCAAUUAUCAUCAGGAAGUCUCGACAUUACAUAUUAUCCGCAUCCAACCGAGCAUUUUCAUUUUCAUAGGCUGAACAGCGAUCAGUCGUGAACUCAGGAUAACAACGCAAUCGGAAAGAACUGGCUACUCAAGGUCCUUCAUUCGACAAAGUUUACACCUGACUGAAGGUACCCACAUGUACAAGGCUCUAGUAUAUCACGGUCCGCCGCUCAUACGGACCGCUUUCACCAUGCGAAAACAUCACGAGCCAUCUCGUUCUCUACAAAUGCAUUCUGGUGCUGAUAGGAAAUGCAUCCUCGUCCAUUAUGUUCUCGUUUUCCCUCGUUUUUUCAGUGUUUGUUUGUAUCUGGAGGGUGCAAGGCCUUUCACUUGAAUUUCUGCCCUGUCAGUUACAAAAACCUCUAAAUAGGUCGCCUUUAGAAGGUUGUCCUGCUGGGACCAUUUUUGUCUCUCAGAAAACCAACGAUUCAAAUGCGAAGUUUAAAAGUGUUCAGGAAGCUAUUCUCUCACUGCCAGCAGAGGGUGCAGCGACGAUUCUGAUAGGUGAAGGAGAAUAUCAUGAGAAUGUGAACAUAACACGGUCAGCCCCCAUUACUCUACUUGGUCAAGUGUCAGCAAGGUUGGCGAAUUCGGCCAACCAACCAUUCUUCACUAACGCUUCCAUAAAAAACCUGGUGCAAAUUUUCGACACGCGAUUCGUGCAGUCGGGACUAGAUGAUGCCUCCUCUGCGGUUCUAACGGUCGCUCCGAAUGGCGCUGGAGCACUGAUUGGUGCCGGCCCUACUGGUGCACCAUUGCAGCCUAAAUUCGGGAAUGUUAAUUUCAAGGCAUAUAACAUCGACUUCCAAAACCGAGCGGCUAACUUCUCGAUAUCACAAGCUCUCGUUACGGACAUUUCCUAUGCCAAUGCUUCUUUCUACGGCUGUUCAUUUGCUAGCUUCCAAGAUACAUGGUAUACUGGCCGGAAUGCGAGUACCUACCUCGUUGAUAGCGUUAUUUUUGGACAAACAGAUUAUUUGUUCGGCUUUGGCACUGCGUGGUUCCAAAACGUUAUCCUCGCAAACCGUGCUUGCGGAGGUGGAAUAGUAGCGUGGAAAGGAACCAAUCUGACCGACGCACCUGGGAAUCGUUACGGCGCGUACAUAUCUGAUUCGAGGAUCAUUCGAUCCCCCGAUGCCAACUCUACGACGAACAUCACACAGUCGUGUUUCCUCGGUCGUCCGUGGAAUGAUCUUGCUACGACGGUUUUCUUGAAUGUCUUUAUGGAAGAUGUUAUACAACCGGUCGGGUGGACGACGUUUUCUGGGAGACCUGACAUAAUGAACACUACCUUCUACGCUGAAUUCAACUCCACUGGUCUCGGAGGCAACACCAGCAAGCGUCUUGCACUUGAGCAUAUCUUGACUCCUGAUGAAGCGAGGGAGUUCACCGUCGAUAGUGUGUUUUUGGAGCGGCCCAAGUGGAUUGAUUUCGAUUACAGAUUUUAAAUAUUUUUUCUCGGAAUGGUCGAAAUCAGGAUGAAACUUUUGUUUUCCUC